CUGCUGGAGCUGGGUAUCGUCAGCCCCGUGACGCGGGAUACCGCGGGCUCGCUGUACCACCAGGAGCUGGCGCGGCAGCUGGCUGAUUUCCUGAGGGUGCCCAUGGAGCGGGCGAGCGGCAUGAUGCCGCUGCCCGACGUGUACUGCCUGUACAACAGGGCCCGCGGUACCGAGCUCAUCUCGCCAGACGACCUGCUUGCCGCCAUCAGCCUCUUCCCAAAGAUCCGCGCCCCCUACACCCUGCGCGAGUUUGCCUCUGGAGUCAAGGUGGUGCAGGCGGCCAGCCACAGCGACGACGCCGUCUGCCGCCGCCUGGCGGAGAUGGUCCUGCUGGCCACGCUGGGCCCCUCCAUCACCCGCACCGAGGUGGCAGUGCGGCUGGCUAUGCCGGUGCCGGUGGCUGGGGAGCACUUGCGCAUGGCGGAGGCCAGGGGGGUGCUGUGCCGCGACGAUGGCCCCGAGGGCCUGCGCUACUUCAGGAACUUCUUU